AUACAAGAGCCACAAGUGUUCCGAAUGUGGCCAGUUCGGGCAUCGUGAGGGGUACUGUGCCAGUGCCAAACCCCGAAAAACUGGAAGGAGGCGCAGGAAGCAACCAGUGUCCGCCAAGGUGGUGGUCGUCGAUGUGUGCAGUGUGCAGCAACGACGCAGAUGUCUCCGUGGGCUUUUCCGGAACAAAAAUUCGCCUGCAACUCGACACCGCCUCAGACAUCACCGUCAUUAGCAGGGAGAUUUGGCGGAGCAUUGGCAGUCCUGCGUUAUCGUCAGCAACGGUGAAGGCGAAGACGGCAUCUGGCAGCAUACUAUCGCUCGAUGGGGAGUUCGAGUGCGACGUCACCAUCGGAAGCAGUACACGACGUGAGCUCAUCCGUGUAACCGAGAAGCAGCUGCAGUUACUCGGAUCCGAUUUGGUCGACAGUUUCAACCUUUGGGCCGUCCCUAUGGACACCUUCUGUUGCCACGUGUCUGGAACGCCAGUGUCGACAGGUGCACUCAAGUCGUCUUUUCCAGAGGUCUUCAGCGAGAAGCUCGGCUUGUGCACCAGAACAAAAGUGAAGUUGGAGUUGAAAGAAAACGUUCGACCCGUCUUCUGUCCGAAGCGUCCGGUAGCUUACGCUAUGUAUGAUACCGUUGAUCGCGAGCUCGACCGGCUAGAGAAAUUGGACAUCAUCACCCCGGUCGAUUAUUCGGAGUGGGCCGCUCCGAUCGUCGUAGUCCGCAAGUCCAAUGGCUCCAUCAGGAUUUGCGGAGGCUACUCAACGGGUCUGAAUGCAGCUCUCCAAUCACAGCAGUAUCCACUUCCACUUCCGGAUGACAUCUUCGCCAAGCUGGCUAAGUGUAAAAUCUUCAGCCAGAUAGAUUUGUCCGACGCCUUCUUACAGGUGGAAGUUGACGAGCAGUACCGUAGUUUGCUGACGAUCAAUACGCAUCGUGGUCUCUACCUCUACAACCGCCUGCCGCCGGGUUUGAAGAUCGCGCCUGGCGCAUUUCAGCAGCUCAUCGACACAAUGUUAGCCGGACUGAAGGGCACUUCUGGCUACCUCGAUGACGUCAUCGUCGGCGGAGAAACUGAAGAGGAGCACGACCUCAAUCUACGGGGUGUCCUGAAGCGAAUCCAAGAUUUCGGAUUCACGAUUCGUGUUGACAAGUGUUCGUUUCGCAAGCAGCAAAUCCGAUACUUGGGGCACAUCGUCGACAGUCGCGGGUUGCGACCAGAUCCGGCGAAAAUCGAGGCGAUCACCAAGCUGCCGCCUCCAGCCGAUGUAUCCGGUGUGCGAUCGUUUUUGGGGGCCAUCAACUACUACGGCAAGUUCGUCCCCAACAUGCGCAUGCUACGCUACCCGCUCGACAAUCUCCUCAAGGUGGAGACGAAGUUCAGCUGGAGUCCGGAGUGCCAGAAAGCGUUCGACCGGUUCAAGCAGAUUCUCUCGUCGGAUCUUCUCCUCACACACUACGAUCCGAAGCGGGAAAUCAUCGUUUCUGCUGACGCUUCAUCCGUUGGACUUGGGGCUACCAUUAGCCAUAGGUUCCCAGAUGGAACCAUCAAGGUGGUCCAACAUGCAUCCAGGGCGCUCACGAAGGCAGAACAGGGCUACAGUCAGCCCGAUCGCGAAGGUCUGGCCAUCAUCUUCGCCGUCACGAAGUUCCACAAAAUGCUCUUCGGACGGCACUUCCGUUUGCAAACCGAUCAUCGCCCGCUGCUUCGUAUCUUCGGCUCUAAGAAGGGAAUUCCAGUGUACACUGCGAACCGCCUGCAACGCUUCGCCCUCAACUUGCUGCUCUACGACUUUGAGAUCGAGUACGUGUCCACUGAGAAGUUCGGCAACGCAGACCUGCUCUCCCGGUUGAUCGACCAGCACAUCAAGCCUGAAGAGGACUACGUCAUCGCGAGUCUCAAUCUGGAAGAGGAUAUUAGGUCAGUAGUAAUCAAUACGGUUAAAGUGUUGCCUCUCAAUUUCAGAGUCGUUGCGCAAAGCACCCAAGCAGAUCCGCUGCUCCGUCAAGUCCACCGCUACGUUCAGAACGGCUGGCCCCAGUCAACACUCGAUGGGUCAGAACUUCGCCGGUUCCAAUCAAGGCAGGAAUCGCUCUCUGUGGUGGAUGGGUGUAUUUUGUUUGCCGAACGACUCGUCAUUCCGUCGCUGCAUCGGAAACGGUGCCUCGAACAGCUGCACCGUGGCCAUCCGGGCAUGCAGCGAAUGAAAGCCAUCGCUAGGAGCUACGUGUACUGGCCUACGUUGGAUGCCGACAUCGUCAGCUUCGUCAAGGCAUGCCAGCAGUGUGCGUAUGUAGCUCGAUCACCUCCUCACUCUCCACCGGUGCCGUGGCCCAAAUCGACCGCUCCGUGGCAACGCGUCCACGUCGACUUCGCCGGUCCAAUCGAAGGCGACUACUACCUGCUCGCUAUCGAUUCGUUCUCUAAGUGGCCCGAGAUCAUCCGAACGACCCGCAUCACCUCUGCUGCGACCAUCAGCAUCUUGCGUGGGUUGUUCGCGCGGCUGGGUAUGCCCGUAACCUUGGUCAGUGACAACGGUACCCAGUUUACCACCGCCGAAUUCGCCGAUUUCUGCGCUUCCAAUGGCAUCGAGCACCUUACGACAGCACCGUUUCAUCCACAAUCAAAUGGCCAGGCGGAACGAUUUGUGGAUACCUUCAAGCGAGCCGUCAAGAAAAUUCGAGAGGGGAGAGGAUCCAUUGAAGAAGCACUGGAUGUCUUCUUGCUGACGUACCGAAGCACGCCCAGUCGUGCUCUGCCGGAUCAGAAGUCGCCAUCUGAGAUCAUGUUUGGUCGCAAAAUCCGAACGUGUCUCGAGCUUCUGCGUCCACCACCGGUACGUGUCCCAGUACCAACCGACGAUGACCGCAAGCAACCGAGGUCCUUCAACCGAAACGAGACCGUGUACGCCAAACUAUAUGGUCGUACCGGUUGGAAGUGGGCUCCUGGUGUCGUCGUCGAGAAGAUCGGAGACGUUAUGUACAACGUGUGGGUCGAAGAUCGCCGAAUGCUACGCUCGCAUAUCAACCAACUUCGGAGUCGCCUUGCUGCUGGCGCGAUACCGAAGCAACCCACUGUACAUGCCACCUUAAACCAACAUUCGCUGCCGCUGGACAUUUUGCUGGAUGCCUGGGAUCUCCCAAGCCAAUCACCAGGUCCAUCUUCACCAGAGCCUGUCUCCAGUGCUGAGAGAACCAUGGUAGAUUCCGGGCCGACUCUUGCAACGUCUACGCCACGUCAUGAGGUCUCGGCGUUCGUCCCGUCAUCAGCAUCGUCAUCAUCAACAACAACAACGCCAACAUCGACAGAGUUCGAGUCCGCUGUCGAAGUAGAACUAGCUGUAGACAUCCCUAGGCGCUCUUCACGACUACGAAGACCGCCAGUAAGGUUUGAUCCGUACCACCUCUAUUAAGAGGGGAGAUGUUGUGGACAACCCUAUUUUGCCGCGCUCGGAUACGUUAUUCAUCCGACGCAGCUCAGACCGCAGGGCUCGCGUGCGACAGCAUGACUGUCACUGAGCGAUGCUGGAGAUGCGCAUAUAUGUGUUUUUAAUGUGGUUGUCACUUGUUGUUGUUUACAUUGUUAUUGUUGUGGAGAGUCAUUGUUUAUCGUCCAUAGUGAAAUCGUUUAGUCAUGUCGUGAAUAAAGUUUGUUUUUAUUUAUUGUACCGUGCGCGUUUCAUUAACCCUGUCGUGAUAUUGUCCCAGUGCAAGUCCAGGGUCCCGCGGUACAAAACUGUGUAACCCGCGUCGGUCGGGUCUGAAUGAAUGGGGGAGUUUCUAGUAAAGAGCUUAAGUGCCACCCCCGGAGGAGACCGUUCGCAACUGUUUCGGCGCCCAGCUGAGACUCUGCCUAAGGGCAGGUUUUUUCUUUGUACCGCCAAACACAGGAAGGUUUUAGGUUCGACCGUCCCAAGCACUUUGGGAAACGAACUGAUUGCUGUGCAAUUGUUGCUAGCAACAAUCGAUCUCAGAUGUUAUCAUAACAGGUAAAAAUUCUAACUGUCCCCGUUCUCUCUUCACGCUUGGGAAACCAGAAGCAACAGAAUCUCCAAAAUAACCAGCGGGAAAACAAGGUUCGCAAAUCGUUAUCCGUUGACAAAACAGUCCCAGGAACUAUAAAUCUCAAAAAAACCAACAAAUAACUUCAAUUAAAUUUUCAGCUUCCAAAACAAAAACGCAUGUAUUCAGAAAUUCAACAUCUCUUUUUUACAUUCUUUAAUUCUUAUUUCAACAAUCAACUUCUUCAUUUCCCCUUUUCUCCAUUUAUUCUCUCUUUUCCUUAAUCUUAUUUAUCCUCUCUCUCUCUACCUAAAACUCCACUACACUAUCCUUCAAUCGGCUCUCCUAACCUUCUAAAAGACUUCAUUGUACAUUGUACAUUGUAAUCUUCAUCAUCAUUUACAACAUUUUUCAGGCAUUUCACUAAAUUUAUCAAUCGUGCUUGUCCGUGAUCAUCCCCGCUCUCAUCUAUUUCGUCAAUCCCAUUCGUCGUAUCACUCUUCUCCCUUCAUUCAUGUAUUCGUGCUUAUGACCGAAGAAGAAUGAAGGGGAAUACUUGCCUAGAGUAUAAACAGUGAAUCUCGUUGAGGCAAUCUUUCAUUCGGCAUCGGACUGUUGAGCAAUCCAGUUCACUUUGCUUUCGCUGCGCUUCGAUCUUAGAUUGGACCCCACCAGUGGUAAUCCAACUUGGAUAUCGUCGUUUGGUUUUUCUGUUCGUUUUUCGCGUUAUUCGUAUCGUGUGUUUUUCUUUCCGCAUCAUAAAUUGCGAAGUGUUUAUAUUGCUAGUAGUUUCAAGCCACCAAUGUAUGGCUCUGUAUGCAUGCUAUGGCGAACGCUUGUUUGGCGCUUGGUUUACGUUGUACGAACGAUGCCUAGAGGUGAGAUUCCUUUGAGGUAAUACUAAAUAACAUGUAGCAUGAUAUUUGAUACUUGCAAGUGUUGUCAUUGUUGUUGUUUCCACGCGGUGCCAAAGAUAUAUUGAUGUAGUUAUGAGAUGUGGAAUAAUGGUGCUGGUGUAACAUGUAUAUAAUUGACUGUCAAAUGCGAAAAAGACCACCUGAAUAGCGUUCGAGGUAAAUUUUCAAUGCAUUGACAUGAAAUAAAUUGCGACAUACGAUCAGCUAGUGUAUUAUUUUGUGAGGGCAAGAAUGAAUCAUCAAUCAAUUAUCGUCAACUGAUUAUACAAUGAAAAAACCAUUUGUUUCUAAAAUUUCACAGCAUUAUAGAAUAAUAUCCGAAGGUAUAAACAAGCGACUUAUAUAAAAUAACAGCGUAGUUCUACGUCAACAAUGCGGUCGUAUCUUCUCUAAGGCCUCUAAGAAAGAUCCCUUCAAGGCCUCGAAAAAGAUCCGGGACGAACUGAACUUAUUCGUGAGUUUCCGGACAGUUCAGCGGCAGCUGUUGGAGCAGGGACUAUGCGGUAAAAGCCCCCGGAAGGUCCCUAUGCUGACGUCGAAGCAUCUGAAGGCGCGGCUGGAUUUCGCGAAGAACCAUUUCGAUUGGAUCGGUUCGGAAGAGGAAAAGUAGUGGCGAACUGUGAUCGGAUGAGACGAAGGUAAACCUUAUCGGCUCGGACGGAAAAACUUGGGUACAUCGCCCAAUAGGCUGCGCUUACAUGCCACAAUAUACCACGGAGACAUUCAAGCAUGGAGGAGGGAACAUUAUGGGGUGCUUCUACUGGUACAGGGUUGGUCGCUUGUACUGGGUGGAUAAGUUCAGGGAUCAGUGCCCCUACACUCAAAUCCUAAGGGAUGUUACGCCGAGUGGGAGAUGCACCUGAAAUGGUAGUUUAUGCAGUAUAACGAUCCGAAGCACACCGCCAAGACUGCCAAAAAGUGGUUCCAGGAUAACAAAGUCGACAUCAUGGAGUGGCCAGCACAGUCCCCGGAACUAGGGUGACUGGCGACCGGAUCUAGUACCUAUGGGAGAUUGUGAAAAGGUCGGUGUACACGGAGGACUCGAGGAAUAAGCAGCAACUGAGGGAUAACAUCCAGACUUAUUGGUAUACCGUCCCGGUCACCACGUGCUGGAAGUUUGUGGAAUCGAUGCCGAACCGGGUGCGUGAAGUGAUGCGUAACAAAGGUUACACGACCUAGUACUAACCCUAGAAUCUUUUCGUGAUAUGGAUUUUCUUGAUUUUAUUUUUUACCAUGAAUUUUAAACCCCUUCUUAAUUUUUGUCGCGUCAUUUUAGCUGUUAACCCCUCCCGUAUUAUUUAAUACGUCACGCAUCAAGUGAUUUCACUAGCCUGCUGAGCGUUCUAGCGUCCUAUGUUGUUCAAGUAACCACGAGUGAGACUUGAUGUUGUACGGGAAAGGGUUAAGAAUGCUUAGAGGUAUUUUUUAAUGAAUGACUAUUGCCUCAACUUCAGAUGUUAUAAAUUUCUUCGAACAAUGAGCUUGAGCUUGAGCUUGGGUAGACUGUACAAUUCGUAGUUGCUCUCCGUGAUUGACCUGAACCAACCAAAUUGCACAAAGAACACACAGAAUGACACUUGAGACUAGUAAAUCAUUCUCGUUGUGCAAUUUUCGGUGAUUCGAGCUUUAAAUGGUCAAUAACGACGCCGGCCACGUCCUUACAGUCACCAGGGGAAGGGAAGGAAUGUUAGUAUGAUAUUCGCCACCCGAAGGCCAGAAGGGUCGCCUCUAUAGCGUGGUUCCCUAGCGUUUAUCAUGGAAGGGAUAGUUGUUAGUGGGAAUGGUUAACAAAAGUUAGGAUUCACCGUGGUAAGUGAUGUGAUUCUAAAAACGUGAACUCUCAGCUAUAAUACAUUCUAAUCGGAUCGGCCAUGCAUUUCGUUAUUCGUCGUGCGUAGUACAUAGAUAUUUUUCCUGACCUGAGAAGGCCAUAAAAACUCCUUUAAAAACUCUUGAUCUAUAUAUUUUUAUUCAAUCGAGGAGACCAAGGGUCAAUUUUCAACCUGAGAAGGUCGCUAAGAAACCCUUUUAAAAUUUCUCCAAUCGACAAUAUAUUCUUAACCGGAAAAGAUCACCGAGGAAAUUCUUUUAAUUUCGCUAAAACUAAAACUUGUAUUAUCUAUCAAAAUAUUAUUAAAUCGCGACUACCGAGGUUAUUUUUAAACCUAUAUUUUGUGAUUUAUUACUAGUAUUAUGUUUUAAAAUUAUGUAAACGCAGUGGCUGAUAUUAUCUCUAGUCAAUCUGAAAAGGUGACCGAUGAAACCUAAUCAUAACGGCGGAAAGUUAUCUAUUGAAAACCUGAGUAAGUAACCUAGAGAACCAAUCUAAAAUCAAUCGACCUGGCGAUGCAUUUCGUUGCUCAUUGCGCAUACGCUUCAUAGAUAUCACUACAGCGUUACAUUUAGGAAACCUGAGAAGGUAACCGAUGGAAUCCCUCUAAAACUAGAAACUAAUCGACUUGGUGAUAUACUCAGUUAUUCAUCGUGUGUGCUUUUUUUUAUUGAGUUCCAAUCGUAAAGGCGGAUAGUAAUUAUAUUUUGGAAACCUAAGAAGGUAACCGAGGUAACUAUUUUAGAAAUAUUCAUUCCGGAUAUAUGUUCCAUUAUGCACCGCGCGUACGCUUUAUAGAAAUCUAAUUAUGGUGACGAAAAGUUGUCUUUGGGGAACCUGAGAAGGUAACCUAGAGAAUUUAUCUAAAAUCAAUCGCACUCUUUAUAACUUUAUCAUUCGCGACGGCGGGAACAGAUCAAAGAAUUAACGAAUGAGAGAAUAAAAGAAUCAAUUAAUAAAAAGGAUUAUAAAAUUGAAGGGUUGGGGAGUUACAGAAUUAAAGGGUGAAAGAAAAAGGAGAAUGAAAAAAUUAAAGAUCCAAGAAUUAAAUCAAUAAGGAUUUUAAAAUUGAAGAAUAAAACAGUUGAAGCAUUUAGAUUUAAAUAAUUAAAACAUUAGAGAAAUAAUGAAUUAAUGAGUUAAAGAAUUAAGAAUUAAUGAUACAUGAUCACCAGUGCACAUUUAUAAACGCGACAAUAGAUUUAAGAUCAUACACACAAACACUUACAUGGAUACCUAUAUAAACAUAAUUAUUCUUACUUGUACAUAUAUAAACGCUGAUAACAUAUUAUAUAUACAUAUGCUACAGAUAGUGCUGACGUUAUGUUUAAUACAUCUAUUAAAUUAUCACAAAAGCUAGUGAAAAUACAUCUAUAAUAAUGAUCAUUUAAUGCUGUUUGACAUAAAUACAUUAUUAUAAUAGAGAAAAUAUUGCAGCAUGGAGCAAAGCACAUAGCUCUCAUUCAGCUUUUUAAAUUCGUGUAUGUUUCCAGCAGAUCUACAUCUAUUCGUAAAACGGUCAAUAUUUGAAAACACUAUACUUGUGUAUACAGUUACUUAAAUAGAAAAAUAAUUCUGAAAUAUGUCCAUGAUAGUAAUAUCUUACAAUGAUAAUUCCUACUUAUAAUCUCUAUUCUACUUAUAGCGACAAUUCCUAUAAAGUAGAGUGAACACAAAUGAAAAUGUCUGGCGAACUUUAUUUGUCCUUGCAUAUUCCACCAUUCGAUCCCGCGAGGAGAACCCUCCGUCAAAGAUAGAACCUCGGCCCUAAUACUAUAACAGACAUACUUUCUAUUGGUUGUUUAUGUUAAGAGUCAUCUUUGAAGAAGAAACAUCAAACAACUCGCAAAUUCAACCAGCUUCCCAACCAUAUUUUUAGUCUGAAUAUAUGAUAUUUAAUUAUUGCGCGUAUUUGGUAUGCAUAUAAACUUUCUUCGAAUUAAUACUUUCAAUCAAGUCCAUUCAGUUCUAUCAACUUUGCUUUCAGAGAACAUACAAUUCGAUAGCAAUUGUUUGCACACCGUAGACUUCGAGAUUUGUCUUCCCUCUAUAAUAGCAGUUUGCCACCAAGGUUGGUUGAAACUAGUUUUAUUUUAUGAAAUCUUAGUGCAGACUCUGUAUACAUUUCCAGUACACAAUGGAGCAGAUUGUGGAUAUACAAGGCAAUCGAUAUUGGCUUGUGAUCAUUCCCGGUGAUGGGGAUUGUUUGUUUGGAGCAAUUACGCAUCAAAUGCAUGGGAUAGCUUCAUAACAAUCGCUCUAUUCUCUGCUCAAACAUCAUCUGAGAGAUAUAGCAGUGAAUGAAAUAACUUCCAAUCGCAGUCUAUAUCAUGAGCAUCUUGCUGCAUAUGCCGCAGAGUUUGUCCACGGUAAUAUGCCAAUUUCCAACAAAAUUGACUCAUAUAUAAGACAGUUAUGGUCAAGUGGAUUUUGGGCAGGAGCUGAAUGCAUAGCAGCUUUGUCAAAUCAUUAUAAAUGUUCAAUUCAGGUGAUUCAGGAUAAUGCGAAAAUAGAGUUCAGCCCAAUACUCUCCGAAAAUUUAGAGGAUGAGAUCCCAAAAUAUAAAAUAUUUUAUCGAGGAUACGGCGGUGAACGAAAUCAUUAUGAUAGCAUUUAUAUAAUAAGACCUCCCAAUCUGAAUUUGAAUAUACAAAAUGAUUUGAUUACUCGUGUAUUGAAUAUUCCUGAGCUUGGAGUUCGGCUCUCCACGAGGUGCAUUAAAGCCGGAUCGGAUUCCCUCAUAGGUUCAAUCCUUCAUCAGUUAAGCGGAGAUAUUCCAAAUAUGGCCGACAUGUUCACACUUCAAUGUCUAGUAGCUGAUUAUAUCGACAAACAGCCUACUUCAUACUUAAUGUCCUGUGGAUAUCCAUGCAGGAAUAGCGAGGAUAUAGCUAACUUUAUUUCCUCCAUAAGAGAAGGACGGUAUAGUGGGGGGUAUGCUGCUAUUAGUUCGUUGGCUACAUUACUAAAUAUCAGUAUAAUAGUAUACACACAACAAGGAGCACAACGAAUUAUUCCUAUAAACCAAAAGGAUGCUAAUGUGACGGUACAUGUGUUCGAAAAUCAUGCUAACACCCCAUAUACUUAUGAGAGCAUAGUGCGGUUGUUUCACAAUAUGCCUAAUGAAAAUUCCCUACCAUCCGACCGAAUAAUCUUAAACAAAGAUAUCACAGCAGAAGUGUUGUCCGAUUCUAUGGUGGACACAUUGGUGCAGUUGCCAAUCGAUGAAAUCAACGGAUUGAAAUUCGCUUCUUUUAAUGUGAACGGAUGUCGAACUUCAGCGAAACGAGAAGUUCAUGUGGCUCUCUCACAAGAGGUUAACCUGGAUGCAACUCGAUUGGUUACCCGAAAUUAUGUUUGGCAUAUGGGAAAUACAUCGCUGAAUAGGAAGCGGGGCUUAUCCAUAUUAAUAAAUCGGGGUACAGCCAUAGCAAUCAAGGGCAAUAAUCAUUGCGGACCGUACAUUCAUUUUAUGGAGAUAACAUAUAAGGUAAAAAACAAACACAUUUUCAAAUGUUAUAAUAAACUAUAUUCAAGGUUGGUUCUUCGUCACGUACCCUCUUCGUCGUUAAUGUACAUGGUCCCAGUCGCAACGCAGAUCGUUUUUUUUGGAAAUUUGGGAGCACUCGCCGGACGAUUGCAAGACAAACGUCGACUCAUCAUUGCUGGUUACUUUAACAGUCAUUUAAGCAACGUAGGAAUAUCAAAAGAAUAAGCUCGUUUCAUAGGCAAAUACACAGCGCACUCUACUUUCAACGAGAAUGGAAUGCAGAUGCGAUUAUUUCUUUGCUUGCAUAGCCUCUCCACACGCAAUACUCAGGCAAACUCUAAUUCCAAUUUCAUGUAUACAUGGAGUAACGGAUGCAUCAAAAGUCAGAUCGAUCAUCUUCUGACACACGUUCAUUCAACGUUGUUCUUGCGGCGCAUGCAGUGUGUACAAUCACCCACAGUCAGCUCUGAUCAUAGAGCAUUAUUUUGUAAUAUCAUUGAUAAUCGCUCAGAGAUUCCAUCAGCGCUUCGAAAAAGAUCAUCGUAUCAACACCGAACGAACAUUGAACCAAGGAUGUUGCAGGACAACGCCAUUAGAAAGAAUUUUCAAAAACAAUUGGCCCAGAAAGCGGUACCGCUAGGCCAGCAGGUUGGUAUCGAAGUACAGUGGAUCGACCUGAGAUAAGAUUCAGGAAGCUGCCAAUAUUACUCUCAACAAACCCACUAUACUUCCCCCAGAGCGAUUGUGUCGUGUAGCACUCGCACAAGUUAAAAAAUAUUCGUUUUGGGUCAACCGCUCAGUUAACCCUAAGUGGGUUCAUAAACUGGCCGAAGCUCGGGAAGUGCUGAGGAAAAAGCUGAAGGAAUGCGAAGAGAAAGACACCGAGGCAUUCUUCGUUGGCCUAAACAUGUAUCCCGCAGGAGAGCGCACAAGCCGAACCUAUCGUUAUCUAAAAAGUUUCAAGAAGAAGAAAGUCCAACUAAAAUGGAACAAUUCCAUAAAACUUCAAGACUGGGUAUCAGAUAAUAUUGGCUUUCCACUUAUUCCUGAUCAGUUGAUUGAAAAACCAGGAGAAAUACUGCCAGAUGCUCCGACCCUACAAGAAAUAUGUGAUAUAAUUGACAGUAUGAAAAAUGGAAAAAACACCAGGAGUAGACAACCUUUUUGCCGAAUUUUUCAAAUAUUGUGGCAAUAACACUAUUCAAGAACUACAUAGCUUGUUGGAAAAGGUAUGGCUCGAGAACCAAAUGCCUUGUGAGUGGAAACAUGUAUUGAUUGUUCCUAUUGGAAAGAUAAAGAAUCCGAAGAAAGUUGAUGAUUACCGGCGAAUUUGCUUAAGCUGUACCGCUUAUAAAAUUUAUGCUAUUUGGAUACUAAACAGGCAACAGCAAUCCAUUGAGCCAAUUGGUGUACAUCAAGCUGCAUUCCUUGCAGGAAGGUCCACAACUGACCAUUUGUACGUGCUCCAGAGGAUACUUCAGGAGUCCUGGAAUGCUGGAGAAUCUCUCAUGAUAAUGUCACUUGACAUUGAGAAUGCAUUUGAUCGUGUUUCGUGGUUGUCUCUUCCUUCAAUUUUAAAGGGUGAGAGAUUACCAUCAUAUUAAUUUAUAUUUUAUGGAUAUUAUGCCUUCUAUUCACAUUUCGUAUUAUUCUUUCAUUAAUCUUUAAUGACAGGGAAAGGAGUAUCUAAUCGAUUCAUAAACAGAAUACUCGAAUGCCUUCGUGAUGAACAACAACAGGUUCUGUGGCAAGGACAGGUCACACAAUGAUUUCAUCGGACACGUGGUAUAAAACAGGGAUGUCCUCUUUCUCCAUUCAUAUUCAAUCUGAUUAUGGAGACAGUGUUGGUUUCGGUCGAAGAUGAAGUGGAAAAUCUUCGACUGAAUCAGGAGAUUUUUUUUACUUUUACGAUGGUUCUAGCGUUCGCUGAUGAUCUCAUAAUAAUAUCACAAACUCUCAUUGAUACUGAGCAGAUUCUAGCUAAAAUUAAGGAAUAUUUAUCGUAUGUGGGGUUAAAUUUAAAUGAAGAUAAAUGCAAGGUUUUAAUUAGAAAUUCAAAUUCGGAUUCGAAUACCCCUGAGCUGCUAAUGCAUGGCCGAAUGUAUAAGACCACUGAACCUUUACGAUAUUUGGGCGUACAUCUCACCUCAUCGUUGGAUAGACUCAUGACAACCCGUACUCGUUGUAGGAGUACCAUUAAUAUUUCAAAAAUCAUAAUGGAUUUUCUGAUGAAAUACAAACCCUCAUGGCAAAUUGCCAGAAUAAUGUAUGAAACCGUUAUAGCACCUGUGAUGCUUUAUGGCACACAGGUUGCUAUCCUCACUAAGCGUAGCAGAAGGUCCAUUCGAGGAUAUGAGCAGCAGAUAGUGGCCGCAAUGUCUAAACUCUGCAGUAAUCAUGAUGACCUCUCUAAGUCCAUAAAUGCCUUACUCCGUAGAAGACGUAUCACCAAGAAGAUACGGAUAUAUCAGAUGAGAUGGUGGGGUCACGUUAGACGGCGCGAUCGUUCACAUCCUAUACAUGUUGCAUCCCGCUUACAUUCAUCUCAACUUCGAUCUUGUCGACCAUCAUAUACCUGGUGGGAUAUGAUAAAACAGAACAUUCACCGGUAUGGUGAUCUCACAUUCGAUCAAUGGGUCGAAUUAGCGCAAGAUAAGGAUCAGUUUAAUGCAAAGUUGCUGGAAAUAUACGAUAUAUGUGAAUCAGAUAACACUGGUAAGAUAGAAAUAAAAAUGAAGAAAUAAAUUCAUGCACUAAUUUACGGUUUCAAUUUCCCUUCCAUAGAUUUGUCUACUGAUGAAACUUAGAUUCUACAUUAGAAGCAUCACCGUUAAAGCUCGAUACGAUUCAGGUGUUCACAUAUGAACAAAACGAAACGAAUUUCCAAUCACCCGAGGAGGUAGGUUAAACAAUCGAAUUAUAUUCAUUUUUACACUUUUACAAUUUAUAGAACCGAACGAUCUCAAAUCAUUAAAAGAGGCAAAGAAGGUCAAUCAUUAAUGGAAAUGUAUAACGUACGAAAAGAUUAGACAUACAAUGCAAUCUAUUUCAAUAUCUAGCAUAAAAUCAGAUUUCAAUAAUAUAAAUUGUUCUUUAACUACCUACUGUGUGCUGUCAAUUUAUGAAUUUAUAGCUGAAAAGCUACUUUUCCAUCACCGGUUCUAGUAUUGGCUAUGUUUUAUGGUAACGCAAUAAUUAUGGUAAAUAUUGCAUUGCUAUGAAAAGCUCUUCUAAGCUAUAACUGAUUCUAAGCAUGAGAUGAUUUGGUUAUUAUUAGUGAGACGACAAGAAAGCCAUUAUGUUUUCAAACUCUACCGAAGAAAAGACAAAACUCACAACAUACAACAUGAAAUAAAAUAAGAGCUCGUCAGCAGCAAAAACACUCGUCUCAUUCCCGAGCUUAUACACACACAUAUACUCACGAUCUGCAUGCUAUACAAGAAAAAGAAGACCUGUCAAAUAGCUUCCUCCUGUACUCAGCCUUAUGAUGUAUGGAACUUGCGCCUCAAAACUCCUUCCAUUUGCCACUAAACCAUUUCUUCCGCUUUCCAUUUCAAACACGAUCACUAAUUCACGAAUUUGAACCACUUAUGUCCAUAUAGGAUAACAAAAACACUUGAAAAAAGCCACAUGCUUCGGAACGAUAAAAUUUGCACCCUUCCAAUUGGCAGUGCAGCCAGCUCCCGUUAUAAAUUUCUUCGAACAAUGCAAAUAAAUUAUUACAAAUGGAUUGAAGAACUGGAUUAUUUCUUUUCAAAGUUUUGUCACUUCCUUUUGACGUAGGACUACGUCUAACCGGAAGAUAUAGGGGGUGAAAUGGAAAUCUAGGCACUGAACAAGUAGGAAAAAAUGCAAGAUUUGGAACGCUUAUAACUCGAGCAUUUCUCAAUAGAUCGCAAAGGUUUUUGCAUCAAUAGAUAGGAAAUAUAUCUACGCAUCUAUCAUAACGAAUAACAUUUCAUUUUUCUUGAGAUAAAUAAUUGAAUAAUUGUGAAAUAUCAAGCAUUGUCAAAAUGCACUAUGUGCCCAUUUUUGAUUGGUCCAUUUUGUGCUCCUCAAAUCGAACCGACCAAAACGGGCAACCAGAGCAGCAGCGAAAUAGAAUGAACCACGAUUGGAAAGGUGUUACCUUCUCAGUAGUCAAAUAAAUUAUGAGAGCUUGAGGAUUUCAUGUCUUUAUUAGUUGGAAGGUAAAACUAGAAUAAGCACAAAUCUAAAAGCAUGUCACUCCUGCUUCUGGCAUGGCUACUGUGAUCUAUCAACAGUCAUGGUAGCCAAGGUAGCAUCUCCCCCUCUAAUUUGAUAGCAGUGAUAAUCUUGAAACUUGAUUGGUGGCCGGGUUGAUCGCACGGGACGUUGCAAAGGUGUCGAUGUCAGAAUCGGCUGGGGAACAUCCAUUGACAGUAGAGUUUCAUCUCCUUCACUCGACAACGUAUCUUGAAGAUCAAGAACCUCGGCUGACUCAACGUGCUCCUCAUCAGAUGUUGGUUGAUCCAAAUUCAGGACUUCAUUAGGUGUUGGUUGAUCGUUCUGGAUCGAAGAUUGGGUUCUGUCCAGCUGAGGUGUUGGUUCAGCUGGAGUAAGUCCAAAGUCGUCAAUCAAGAUGGAUAAUGGUGCUGGUGCAGGAGCAACUUCUUCCAUUCCCGUUCGGAGUUGAUCAAUGUGCUAACGUAGCACUUUGCGUCGACCAACUUGGCAGUCCAAUAAUAUGUUGUAGUUGACGUUGCCAAUAGCUUCGAGCACAACACCACUUCCACUUAUCGUUUGCAGAGUAGACUUUGGCAUAAACUCGAGCACCAGCUAGGAAACUUCGCUUGACUGGUUGAUGUUGCGGGUGAAAUUCUGAUUUGGGUGACGGUCGUAACAGGUCCAAAGUUGUCCUCAUCUUGCGUCCAAGCAUUACCUCGGCUGGAGAUUGUCCACUCAGAACCGCUGAUGGAGUGGAUCUGUAGACGUACAGGAACGUUUGAAGCGCAGUAAGGGUUGACCUCUCUCCUCUGUCGACAAUUUUCUUCAGCGAUCUCUUCAAGGUGUCCACAAACCUCUCCGCUUGCCCGUUUGAUUGUGGAUGAUACGGAGCUGUACGGAAAUGAACAAUCCCAUAUUCUUCGCAGAAAUCACGGAAUUCAGCACUGGUGAACUGGCUUCCAUUGUCGACACAAUGACUGUAGGAAUUCCAAAUCUUGCGAAGCAUUCUCGAAGAAAUGUGGUCGUUGUGGAAGUAGUCGGGUAACGAGUAUGCAGUAUUUCCGGCCACUUUGAGAAAGAAUCCACCACAACUAAAUAGUAUUCUCCAUCCACAGGUCCAGCGAAAUCGAUGUGGAGUCGUUGCCAGGGUCCUUCAGCUCGAGGCCACGGUUGUGGUUGAGCAUGUGGUGGAGAUUUUGCAGCAUUCGCACAGCUUGGGCAUCUACGAACGUAGUUGGUGAUGUCUUCAUCUAUUGUCGGCCAGAAAAUGAUUCCACGAGCGAUAGCGUUUGCCCGUUCCAUGCCAGGAUGUCCUUGGUGAACUUGCUUGAGGAUCCUUUUCUGCAGGCUUUUGGGAACUACAAUUCGAUCCGCCAUCAUGAUACAGUCGUCAAUUACGGAGUAGGAAUCUCGACGGCUGAAGAAAGAUCGAACUUCUACAUCUUCGAUACCUUCGCACCGUGAUGGCCAGGAACCUUGUGUGUAGGAAAUUACCUUCUGGAGCACGGCAUUCUUCUUAGUGGCGAUCUUCAGGCUCUUGUGGGUGACUGGAAGAUCUUGAAUAGAGUCAUGGAAACAGGAACUAACGUCAUCUUCGAUUCGAACCAUAGCGAUGACUGCUUCUUCGUCGGGUUUCGGAUGGUUGCUGAUAAGCCGGGAAAGUACGUCAGCGUAACCGAAAUCUUGAGUUGAUACGUAUUCGAUGUUGAAAUCGUAUCUUAAAAGUGUCAGGGCCCAUCGUUGGAGCCGAUUUGCGAUAUGUACAGGAAUGCCCUUUUUGGAUCCGAAAAUUCUCAGCAAUGGUUGAUGGUCCGUUUGAAGCGUGAACCGGCGACCCCACAGCAAACGAUGGAACUUCGUGCAAGCAAAAACCAAUGCCAACGCUUCUUUUUCGAUUUGGCUAUAGUUCUGCUCUGCUACAGUCAGCGAUCUCGAUGCAUGUGACACAGCCUUGAUGAUGCCGUUCGGAAAACGAUGAAGAAUAACUGCACCAAUGCCAGUUUUUGACGCAUCUCCUGCCACGAUAAUCUCUUGCUCUGGAUUGUAGUGGGUGAGCAACAGACCAGAUUGUAGCACUUUUUUGAUGUUUUGGAAAGCGUGCUGACACUCCUUACUCCAAUCGAACUUCGUGUCCUUUUUCAGAAGGUUGUCUAACGGAUGGCGUAGUUGGUGCAUCUCGCGGACAAAUUUGCCGUAAAAGUUGACUGCACCCAAGAACGAUCGCAAAGUGGGAACGUCGGUUGGUGCGGGCAUUUCCGAAAUGGCUGCAAUCUUGGCUGGAUCGGGUUGGAUACCUUUAGCAGAAACGAUAUGUCCAAGGUACUUGAUUUGAUCCUGGUGGAAUCGGCACUUCUCCACACGUAGACGGAAUCCAUAGUCACGCAGACGGUUGAAAAGCAUGUGGAUGAUUCGGUUAUGAUCCACGAGAGUCUUGCUGUGCACCAGGAUAUCGUUGAGGAAAACUUCCACACCACGUAGACUCGAAACCAUUUUCGCCAUUAGCUGCUGGAAUGCACCGGGUGCUGACUUGACCCCUGGAGCCAAUCGGUUGAAACGGAAUAACCCACGGUGGGUGUUAAUCGUCAACAGCUUCUUGGAUUCGUCAUCGACCUCCACCUGAAGGUAGGCAUCCGACAGGUCGAUGAUGCUGAAGACUUGACUGCCGGAUAGCUUGCUGAAGAUCUCCUCCGGGGUAGGAAGAGGGUGGUUGUUGGUCUCCAGUGCUGCGUUGAGCCCAGUCGAGUAAUCGGCACAUACACGCACUUUUCCCCCCGGUUUCUUGACAACGACGAUGGGUGCUGCCCAGUCCGAAAAAUCGACCGGCGAGAUGAUGUCCAACCGCUCGAGUCGAUCCAGCUCCUCUUCUACCUUUUGGAUGGCAUGAAAAGGCACCGGUCGCUUUGGUCGGAAAACGGGUUGGGCAUCCGGCUUCAAAGACAGUGAAAUUUUCGUCUUCAUGCAGUGGCCCAAACCAUCUUGAAAAACUUCAGGAUAUUGCUUAAGGAAGUGCUGAUCAGAGGAAGGCGAAAAAUUGGAAAGAUUCACCUGUUUGCAGUUGGCAGCAAGCGGCUUCGACCAUAAGUCAAACGCGUCCAACCAGUCCAGUCCGAUGACGUUCAGAUCUUCAACUGAUGUGAUGUAGCAGACCGAUGCCUUCGUAGUUUUCCCGAUAGUAACCGGGCAGGUGAAUUCGCCAACCAAUUCGAGUGGUUCCCUUGAUGCCGUUGAUGCUUCUACGCUAGUCACCGUUGAUGACGGUGAGCCAAUCAUUUUCCACGUGUGUGUGCUGAUAACGGUGAUGUCGGAACCACAGUCCAAUUGGAGCUCGGCCGAUUUUCCGUUGAAAUUGACGGUGAUGAACCUUCUACGGCUACGGACCUGCUUCACGAUUUGAAUAACCUUCGUGUUGAAAGGCUUCUUCUUCUUGGAACCAGCUUUCGACUCCGUAGUUGAUGACUUGGAAAAACAACCACAGUAGCCGUCUUUGUGGCCCACUUUCCCACACUGUUUGCAGGUGUGCUUCGAAAAUUUGCAGUCCUUCACAAAAUGCAUUGCGCCGCAUUGCCAACAUGGUGAUGGAGGUGUCUUGAUGUCUGCUGAUGACUUCAUCUGGUUGUUCGGCUGCUUCAUUGACUGCCGAACUGCCUGGACCGCUGAAGAUGUCGGUUUCUUCUCGACCAACGCCGUGUCGUGUUUAAGAUUCGACAGUCGUUGACACUCGGUGACCAGUCCUGCCAGGUUGAUGGUUUCAGCUUGAUCGGACUCGAGCUUCGACAGAAGUCGGGUCCUGACGUCGGUGUCCUUCGAUGACUUGAAACCGCAGAUGAACACCAGGCUCUUGAACUGAUCCACGGUGAGCUUCUGAAGUUCAAAAUCCUCACAUUGACGGUUGACGAUUCCAGCAUACGUUACGAAAUCGUCGGCUUCGUUCUUCUCAAUAUUGAGGCAGUCGUAGCGCUUGCUGAACAGAGAUUUAUGCUGACCAAAAAUCUGCUUCAUCUCGUCUACAACUUCGUCGAAGGUGAAAUCGCGUGGGUGGGACGGCAGCAGGUAGUUGAGGAAUUUCUCGUGCACCGGAACACUGAGACUCCGCAGCAAAAGUCUAACCUUCGCGGCAUCGUCCAAGCUUCUGCCAUUCUGCCUGAAUAGAUCCUCGUACUUAGAAAACCAGCGAUCGAAAGUCAACCCGUUUUCCGGAUCGAAGUGAAACUCCUUAAGGUUGGUCGCAAGGGAUUCGAGAAUUUUCUCUGGAGCGUUUUGCUGUGUUGACGUUGCUUGGUUGCGGUGAACUGUUCCAGUAACUUCAUCAAACGGCUGUUUUGCUCGGCCAUUUGCUGCAUCACAACGGACAACGGAAUUUCUCCUCCACUUGCUCCAGCUUCGGAUCCGGCUUGAGUUCCAUAUUCGGUGGUCAUCUCGGAAGAAUCUUCAGGCUUCAACCUCGUCGCCAAAAAUGUUACCUUCUCAGUAGUCAAAUAAAUUAUGAGAGCUUGAGGAUUUCAUGUCUUUAUUAGUUGGAAGGUAAAACUAGAAUAAACACAAAUCUAAAAGCAUGUCACUCCUGCUUCUGGCAUGGCUACUGUGAUCUAUCAACAGUCAUGGUAGCCAAGGUAGCAAAAGGAAAAAGAAAAAAAUGAACAAAACAUUGGUCGCAGUCUCACACAUGCGUAAUUCUCGAGCCAGCCAGUCAGUUUAAAAAUCCAAGCUCCGCUGCCGUAACGAUCAACCAUUCUUUGUGUGGACACCGACUGGACAACAUCGUUGCUGGACGGCGAGGGAUCGAGUGCCUUUCUCAAGGCAAGAGGGCGGAGGUGGUAGCGCUGGAGUAAAGUAGAGUAGAGUUUUCAAAGGGCCUUUCUCAAGGCUAGAGACGAAUGAACUGCAAAAGUUUAAAGUCUCUAUAAUACAAUACCUUCCUUCCUUCCGUAACGAUCAUUCUCAUUCAAACCGUACACCACAUCGGUUCGCAUCACAACACAUCAACAAACCAACCCAAGCAGCCAUGUCUGGACAUGGCAAAGGAGGAAAAGUGAAGGGAAAGGCAAAAUCCUGCUCGAACCGUGUUGAUCUGGAGUUCCCCGCAAGGGUAGCUAGGCCGAGUGCGUUAGUACCAGUGCACCAGUCUACCUAGCCGGCGUUAUAUAGUUUCGGCCGCCGAAGUGAUCGAGUUAGCUGGUAAAGCUGCUCGCGACGAUAAGAAAACCCGCAUUCGGAACAGAACACAUUCGGUUCUGUAGACAUCAAGACAACAGGCAGUUGCAGCGAGUGGCGAGUGGCAAACGCAAUCGCAAAACGGCAUCAGCUGGCAGAAGACAAAAGUUUGUUCUUUAUACACACUGCUUCGGUGGCAAAUCCAGAACAAGGCGGCAUCGAGGGCGUUCGAAAUGGUUUUUUUCAAAACCACGAGUACUAAGGAGGCCUCAGAUAACUGGUAAUUUGGUCUUUGAAAAACUAUUUGGAUGUGGCAUAGGAAAAUUAAAAACACCGGGUAAAACACAGGAAAUCAAAACACAUGGAAUACUUCUGAAACAGUUCGGACGAUUUAUUCGCGAUUUUACAAGGGUAAAGGUUGGAUUUGGAAUGAUAUAUUGAAUUGGUAUGCAUCGAUUCGUAAGCUCUCACAUUUUUGUUUGAAUGUGUUCGGCUCCUGUUCGGUAUCAGAAAAUGCUGCUGUCGUUCGUGCACCACACAUUGCAUUUCAGAGAAAAGGAGUGGUUUGUAUGGUAAUAAGGAUAGGGAUGGACAUGGAAUUUGGAAAUAGGGAACACUUAUAAACAUUCGCGCCUUGGUUGCGAACAGGUGUCGAAGAACAAAUUGUAGAGCGGAUUGGGACUUAAAUUUGGAGCUUUAAUUUGGUUGACAAGAACAAACAAGUUUAUUAACAAUUUUUGAGUCAAAAUUAAUUAUAACACCUCCAAAACCAAUAUCUUUAAAGUUUUUUAUUACCAUAAUGUUAUUUAAAUUCCCUAAUGUAAUACUUACAACUAUACCUUGUACUAAAUUUUCUCAUCUUUCAAAUGGAAGUAACAGAAUCGUCCUACGUAGCGUACUUUUUGAGUAGAGUCAAUUUAAGGCAAACAGAUCCUGGAACAUUUUAGGGAGGCGAUUUGACGUAGUGGUAACAUCCGUACCUCUCAGGCUAUCACGAGUUCAAUUUCAACUCCCGCAUCUUCCGAAAUGGAAGUAAAAGGGACGAACCAGCCAAAAAAUGUUGAGUCACUAUAAUAUAGAAAUAAAAAAAAAAACAGGAACACCCAUACCCACAUAUCUGAUAGCAGAUCAGUUGAUUCAACUCGUUGAUUGAGGCUCCGCACAAUAAUUUUCUGCAACGAUUUUCAAAUGCACGAAGGUAUAGGAUUCGGACCGUAUGAAUUAUGACCAGACACUGUUUUGGCUCUUGAAUUACUUUGACGUUGUUUAUAUUGACGAUUCGAUUCUUUGUUUUUAAGAGGCUUUUAACUUCGCAGUUCAUUCACCUCUAUUCUAUUAACGAAAAAUGCUUUUCUUUUGUAAAGGAAUGAAAAAAAAACCAGUGACUCCGGGAAAAAUUAAUAAAUUUCAUUGUAUCGUUUUCGGGUGAAGAGUUGGUUCGAUGAACAGAAAGAAAACUUAAAUUCAACAAAUAAUUAAUGAAUGUGUAUUUUUAGCACAUUAUUUACCAUAACUUGAUCGCUAGUUGCUUUGAAGAGCUUGAAUUGUUACGCAUCCUAAAUCCAUGAUUUGGAUGUACUCCGAGCCGCCUCCUUGUAGACGGAAACAACAUUCCUAUAAAGAAAGAAUAAACACCUCACAUUAGAAUGUUCAAAAAUGAUCACCGCAGAAUAUUCCUCACUCCGAUUUUAUCACAAAUUUUGCUCUUUUGCUUGUUACUUAGUCCAUCGUGCAUGAUAAUAAAUUCGGUCAGCUGUUCUAGCAACUGUCCUACGCUGUAUGCAUCAUGGGUGAUACUCUGAACAUAUUCUUCCAACUUAUUAUAAUUGGCAGAUUUACAGACGGAAACAAAAUCUUCCAAAUACUUCUGUGGAACUACGCCGGACAUUUCCAGAAUGUCGGUACUUUCAAUCUUAGCGUUUUUCCCCAUUAGUCGAUGGCAAGAUUGUAGCGUGGUAAUCGCACGUCGCAAAUCUCCUCCAGAAAUUUUCAUUAUAUCCUGAUAAGCUUGCGGCUCCACGUCGACAUUUUCCUGCUCACAGAUCAACCGCAGACGAGCUAUGAUUUUGUCCUCGCCAAGAGGCUUGAAGCGAAACUUCGUACAUCGAGACGUAAUCGGUUCGAUAAUUCUCGACACGUAAUUGCAGACUAGGCAAAAUCGAGUCGUUUUGGUUUCUUUCUCCAUGGUUCUGCGCAAAGCUGCCUGAGCAGCAUGUGUCAUAGCGUCGGCCUCGUCUAGAAUGACUAUCUUGAAUGGAGGACAUGGCUUUCCAUCGACUCUAGUUCCGCUAGCACAAAGCUGCGCAAAUGUUUUAACCUUGCUUCUUAUCACAUUGAUUCCACGAUCAUCGGAAGCAUUCAACUCCAAGAUGCGAUCUUUAAACAUAUCUCCAAACAGUUGUCGAGCUGCAGCAAGGAUCGUGCUCGUUUUACCAGUUCCUGGCGGACCAUAAAGUAAUAAGUUGGGCAGAUCAUCUGUGGAUAAACAUUCUCUGAGAACCGCAACGACCUCUCCUUGUUCGACCACAUCAUCAACGGUUUUGGGACGACUAAAAAGAUAUGCUCAUUAAAACAAUUGUCUGUUUGAAAAGAAAAAUAGUUACUAUUUCUCAACCCAUGGAACGGAAUGUGCUUUGCUGCGCUUUUCUACGCUUCCUUCAGCAUCGUAUGGCUGGCUCGAAUAUCCUGCAUUUUUGCUGGUUUUAAGGAAAGCCUGCAUUACUGUAUAGUUUAUUCAACGAAAAUCGUAGAGUAAAUGUUUUGCAAACAAUUUCAGAGUUCUGUAAACAAAUGUUGAAUAGAAAGCGCGAAAAUCAUGCGUUACCAAAGAAUUGAAGGACUAGAACGGUAACUUGUGUUCGGCAACAAUGUUCAGAAACAAAACCCAAUAAGAAGGUGUUACAACUAUCAGAGCAAGGCGUUAUACUAUAGGUGGACCGCAAUGUCAAAAUUGCUGUUCGGCCAUUGCUCGUGAAAAAACAAAUUUGUUUACAAAGCAAAUCAUAUCUUUUGGUGACAAAUGCAUUCGUAGGCAAAAUAGCUGCUCGCGCUUCACUGUAGGCAGGUAAUUUUCUGGAUUUUUUCGUAUAACAAUUUCUCAUAAUUGCUUCUACUUUUUCAGAUAUCUACAAUCAGCGGUCGAAUUAAAAACAGUGUAGAAGGAUGUUUUGAGUAUAUUUUACCUUCUAGCCGCGCAAUCAAUGCUUUUCUUUCCAAGCAAGCAGCGUUUUUCGGCAAAAGCAUGAAAUAGAAUCGUACGUGGUACGAAUUUAUCGGCACAAUCUGAUCAAGGACGGAGGCAUCAUCAAACGGAAACUACGCGAAAAAUAAAACUGCGCCGCAACACUCGUGUCAAAAUGGACGAGUUGGGCUGGGUGCUGAUGAACCACAAUUUGAUAACACGUAAUGAGCCAAUCCAACAGCAUGCCAAUGGUAAUCGACCAAAUCAUUUUAAAUUGAACAUGGAGCGGUUGCGAAACCUACUGGAGCAGCAAGAACAGAACAAUCACGCUGGUAGAGUUAACUUCCAAAAAGCAAAACAAAUUCCUGCGUAUGCUGGAUGCAAUUUUACAAAACGACAAAGUUUUGAAGGAAAUUAAAGAGAUGGUAGCGGCGAAUCGACUUCUAUCGGAAAUUCGUUAUGUGACUACGGUGGAACGUAUGCUGAAACACAAUUUGGACCCCUCUUUGCGCUGCUGCUUUGUAUGCCGAGAGUAUUUCCGCACUGCCGAUGAGUAUACCAGUCAUUUCGAAAAAUUGCACGGUGAGAAAUUUCUUAUUGUUGCGGCGGUGGAUCGAUUUCAGACUAGUCAAAAGUUCAACGUUCUACAUCACUACAAUCCCCUUAAUCCGGUGACAAUAUUCACGAUUUGCAACGUAUACCACACAGCCCUAAUAAAAAAAACAAGAAAAGACGGGUCUAAUAUUUUACAAUAAAGAACAAAUCUACCACUUUCCACGAAAAUCGGAGAA